AAGUUGAAAAAUAUAUCCUGAAUUAUAUAUAUAUAUAUAUAUAUAUAUAUAUAUAUAGUUUUUUUUCUGAAGAUUUUCUCGUAUUUAAUGUUUUAGAAAAUGGACCAAGGCACGGAGGUACUCAGCAAUCAUUCCUCAUCCGGCAAACUGACGCACACCUGUGACGUAUGCGGUAAAAGUUUUAUCAGGAACAACCUCCUGACGCAGCACAAGCGCAUUCACACCGGCGAAAGACCCUUCAAAUGUGAUUACUGUGGGAAAAAUUUCGCCACGAAUUCGCUUCUCAAAAUUCAUAUCCGGUUACACACCGGCGAAUGUCCAUACAAGUGCAAUUUUUGCGGUGAGAGAUUCCUAAGAAAUUAUCAACUAAUUCAUCACACAACUGUUCACACCAAUUUGAAGCCGCACAAGUGUGACGUGUGUGGCAAAGAAUUUAUAGUAAAAGGAAGCCUCACACUGCACAAACGAAUUCACUCGAAUGAAAAACAGUUCGAAUGUGAUUUUUGUGGUAAACAUUUCACAACCCGAGCUAACCUGACAUAUCAUAGUCUCAUCCACACGGGAGAACGUCCGUUUAAAUGUGACCUCUGUGAUAAAUCAUUCAAGACGGGUAGUUGCUUGAAAAACCACCGACAAAUUCACACGGGUGAAAAAUCGUACAAAUGUGACGAAUGUGGCAAAAAAUUUAGAUUGAGUGGAAGUUUGAAAAAUCACUUGCCCAUUCAUACUGGGGCCUUCAAAUGUGAUUACUGUGGUAAAACUUUCGCAGGAAAUGCGGUCCUCAAGAUUCAUAUACGGUUACACACCGGCGAACGUCCAUACAAAUGCGAUCUUUGCGGUGAGGGAUUCCGAAGAAAUUAUCAACUAACUCAUCACACAAGUGUUCACACCAAUUUGAAGCCACACAAAUGUGACGUGUGUGGCAAAGAAUUUGUAAGAACUUGUGGCUUGAAGAAACACCUGCGCAUCCAUGCUGGGGAACGACCGUACAAAUGUGAUUUCUGUGAAAAAACGUUCUACAAUUUCAGCUCCCACGCAUAUCAUGUACGAAUACAUACCGGUGAUAAACCUUACAAAUGUGAUUUAUGCGACAAGGAGUUCAAAGGGAGUUCAACAUUGAAAACUCAUCGACGCACCCACACCGGCGAAAAGGCUCACCGAUGCACCGUGUGCGAUCGGGCGUUCAUAACUAGCGGUAAUCUAGCGAAGCAUAUGUAUACUCAUACCUCUUAAAAUUACACUUAAAAGUCUUAAAAUUACACUUAAUUUGAAUUCCAUUGUUCAAAAUUAGUUCUAACGUAAAUCAUUGCAAAACUCCCAUGGCUGAGGAAUUUGAUGGUGUAGCAAACAUCAUCAGAUAAGAUUAGUUAGCGUUAGAAAUUUAACAUAUUUAUAUGUGUUACAAUCUUUGGCUUGGCUGUCAUUUCCGGUAUAUGUACUGGGAUCGUUUUUCUACGUAAUUUGGAUCACUAUUGAUCAGUCACGUACCCAGAGGGGGGACCGAGGGGCCUUGGCCCCUCCGAAAUCAAAAACAUAUAAUUAUUUAGAAUGUCUCAGACUUGUGUAACAGAAAUAACAAGACAGUAAACGUAAUGAAAUGUAAUACAAUAUAAGUUCCAGUGGAAAAGUUUAAAGUAUAUGUUAAAAACAGCCGUAAAAGGCACACCGAGAAUUAGGUACAUAAGCAAUCCUCAGUAACAUUACUUUUCAAUCUUUGGGCCCCUCCCGAAAUAAAAUCCUGGGUACGGACCUGCUAUUGAUAGGUCGCAUUGAAUCAGCUUCAGGAUUGUAAAGCAGAAUUUAAACUGGAGUAAAACGAUACAGCACGAAUCAUGCGCUCAUAGAAAACUUUCUGUUAAUCUAUUUAUGGGGUAAUAUGCGAAACAUUAAAUUGUCUUAGUUAACCAUAAUUGUGUCAAAAUUGGGUAAUCAAAUAUACCGUACCGGUAGAAUUACUAUCAAAGUUAGUCGUUGUUACAUUGAAUUAGUGUUUAUAUGAAAUGACAACCUGAAAAAAAGUGUGGUCUGAGAAAUAGCUGAUCUUUUCUUCGAUUUGAACUUCAAGCAAAAAACAUGUUUUAUUUAACAAUUACCGAAACACCUGAAAAGUUCUUUCCAGAUACAUAUUGUUCUGGACAUUAUAGUACCAAACAUUAUCUUGAAAAUUUGUUUGAAAGAAAUCAUUUCAGUGUUUGUCUACAAAUUGACAGGAACGCACAAGUAAAAUGUUUUUUUAAAUCAAAAUAUUAAUUGAAACAAACUAAUCGGCCGAGAAAAAUUAAUUCUCAUGUUUUGUAGUUUCAAGCAGCAAUAUUUGCUAUAUCAAACCUGAUUAUCUUUUGUCACUAUUUCAAUAAAAUAAAUCGUUGUGUGAACCCCAAAUGUUUUUUUUUCUGCGCGCAGAACACACAUAACUUUAUAUCCAAAUCGAAAUACCGACAACAAUUUGAUUGUUUCCAAGUAGUGUAUAUCAAUUUCGAUAAUAAUCUUUGAAACAAGCCCUGGAAACUUAGAAAACCAAUGAGUUGUAGACAGCACUCAAUCUCAUUUUUACGAAUUUGGUAUCUCAUUUUACGAUUUAUGCCAUUCUCAUAUAGAAAGGUUAUGCAAUCACUGUGAAAACCGACUGUUUAAUCGAGGCCCAUUUGACUCAGCUCGACGAACUGUACACACUUAAAACAGAUUCUUGAGCUCGGCAUAAUGAAAUACCGAACUAGAUCGGCAUCACGACAUUUUACUAAUUGUUCAGUAAUCCAUAUACUCUUUUCCGAAAUUCGUUAAUGUAAUAUUCUGAUAUCUCGGUAAAGCGCGUUCUUUUGCCGAAGUUCGGAAAAAUAUUAAACUGAGCUAGUCAGUAAACAACAAAUAUACCAUAUAUCAGUAAAUCCGUUUGUCGAAAUUUCGAACAGUGUGUUAGCUUUUACUGAAACUCAGUGAAACACUUGUCAUUUAAUGUCUAUUGUCGAAUGUGCAAAACAUCACGUAGCCAUUGCUAGUGGAGCGAGAAAACAAUAUAUAUUGGAUGAAGGUAGAUGCAUUGAGGAGCACUGGAAAUAAUUGUCUUUAACCGUGAUGUUUACUUUUGAGGUUUGCUUUGCUUUUUGUACACUCCAUUAAAAUGAACAAUAAUAAAAC